AUGAGCUCACCCUCACCUGCUCGACGUGCUGUUUCACCACCGUCUACUACUUGUGUAGCCACCUCAUGUGGACACCAUCUGACGUCGAGUCACGAAGAAGGCAGCAGCGACAGCGACUACGACGAACAAGCACUCAACAAUGAAGAAGAUUAUGAAGAAGAAGAAGAGUCGGCAGCAAGUGGCUCGGAAGUUGAAGACCUUACUCGCGGUAAAAGACGUCGACAACGAAUUCACUUCAACGUCGAGCAAUUGCAGACGGUUUACCACCUUCCACUCAAGACGGUGAGCGCUAUCGCAGCGGAACAACUCGGUAUUUGUGAAGCAGCGUUAAAACGGAUUUGCAGACGUAAUUUCAUCCAAAAGUGGCCGUACAGACAGUUGUCGUCCGUUCGUCGACGUAUCACACAGCUUGAGGACCGUCGUGCUGACAUGGUUGCUAACCAUGGUGACAGACUGGAGCAUUUUACACGUCGUGAGUUCCAGGAACACACUUCCUUUGUGACACCAGAACAGUUUGAUAUAAAGCUGCAACAACUGAAAGAGGAGGAGGACCAGAUCAUCCGAUUGGCCCACCAACCACGUCUACCGACACAAACAAUUGGAUCUUGCACGACAACAUCGUGUCAGCAACACUUACAAGAACAGCGAGAACUACAACGACCGAUCCUGAAUGAAGAACGAAUCGUUCAUUCACACGGCGUACAAAGCACAAUUGCGGAUUUACCGCCAUUGGACCUCGGUCGCGUAGAUCGCGAAUUUCCACUAUUGUUGCUAGCCAACGUGUGCGAGUCUGUCCGAGCUUACAUUUAA